AUGAGCAUUGAAAAAUAUGUUGCUUAUAAAAAGCCUAACGAAGGUCGUGAAGAUUUUAACCCUGAUGCUUCAACUAUCUCUACGACUAUGUCCAAUAAAAUUGGAGAACCUUCAACAAUAUUCAAAAAUAGUUGUAUAACUUCAUUGCAAAUUGAAGUAGAUAAUGAACCAGUUAUUUUAAAAGAAUCGAAUGAUUUAUCGGAAGAUUUUUUACAAGAAACACCUAAUUUAUUGGAUUGUGGAAAUUGGCCAAUUGUUCGUUCUAGCAACUUUGUGGACCAUUUAAUCAAACUUGGUCCUUUUCAAAUUACAAAGGAAAAAUACCCUGAAGAAAAAGACAGUUUGCGAUGGCAAAAUGUUCUUCUUCGGCUGAUGAAUAUCACUCUUUACCUAGCUGAAAAUAAUAUGGCUUUUCGAGGGAGUUCGGAUAAACUGUUUACGCCUCAAAACGGCAAAUUCUUAGGACUAAUACAGAUGCUUGCAAAAUUUGAUCCUGUGAUGCAAAAGCAUUUAGCACUUGCAAUAAAAGGUGACACUUCAGACCAUUAUUGCGGGAAAAAUAUUCAAAAUGAGUUAAUAGAUUUAAUGUCUCAAAAGGUUAAUGAUAAAAUAAUAAACCGAGUCUUGAAAGCCGUUUACUAUUCAAUCAUUGCUGAUUGUACACCUGAUAUUUCUAGAAAAGAACAACUUUCUCUUACUAUUCGAAUUGUUUACUUGUCAUUAGACAUUAGAGUGGAAAUUAAAGAGUACUUUUUAGGAUUCUUUUCUGUUUCUGAUUCUACAGGCUUAGGACUUACUGAGGUUUUAAUCGAGUUGCUAACUAAGCAUGGACUUAAAAUCUCUAAUUGCAGAGGUCAAGAGUAUGAUAAUGGAUCAAAUAUGAAAGGAAAGAUUAAUGGUGUACAAAAAAGGAUUUUAAAUCUUAAUCCUUUAGCAUUAUAUGUUCCUUGCGGCAACCAUAGCUUAAAUUUGAAACUCUGUGACACGCGGUGGGAAGCAAAAAUAAGUAGUGUUAAAGCCGUUCGUUAUCAAGUUGGUACAUGUCGUUCGUUAUCAAGUGAUGUACAUGACGCUUUGAUAGCAUUGUCAGAAAUUGAAGGAUGUAAUCCUGAAACUGCACGUGAAGCGAUAACUGUAGGAGAGCAAUUAAAAGAUUUUAGCUUUCUUGUCUCUUUAAUUGUCUGGUAUGACGUUCUUUUUCAAGUCAAUAUUGUUAGUAAAACUCUUCAAGAAAAAGACAUGGACAUCACUCAAUGUGCAAAGUUAUUGAAAAGCUGUUGUUCAUUUUUAGAAAACUAUAGAAAAUGCGGUUUUAAAGAUGCAAUUAUAAAAUCAAAGAAUUUGGCUAUAGAAUUACAAGUGGAGCCUGUUUUUAAACCACUUAAAAGAAUAAUACGAGUGAAACGCCAUUUUGACGAACCAGCCCAAGAUGGGAUUUAUUUAUUUUCUCCUGAAAAAAAAUUAGAAAUCGAUUUCUUCAAUCCUCUUUUAGAAACAUCUUUAAUUUCAAUGAGAGAAAAAUUUAUACAGUUGGAGAAUUAUUCCGAAGUUUGCGGUUUUUUGUAUAAUGUCGAUAGUUUGCAAAAAAUAGAAGAAAUUCUAAAAUCAUGUUUAGCUCUUCAAAGUAAACUUACCGUAAAUCUAAAAUCAGACAUUAAUGGUAUUCUCCUUUGCGAUGAACUGAUGAGCAUUAAACCUUUUCUUUCUGAAAUGGUCAAGGAUAAAAUUACUCCUAUUAUUGUUUUAAACUUUAUAAAACAGCACAAAAUGCAAGAUUUGUAUCCAAACACAUGGAUUGCAAUGCGAAUUUUGCUAACAAUACCUGUCACUGUAGCGAGUAGAGAAAGAAGCUUUUCCAAAAUGAAACUGAUAAAAACCUAUCUGCGGUCAACAAUGUCGCAGGAUAGACUUUCAAGUUUAGGAACCCUAUCGAUUGAAAAGAAUAUUGCUGAAAAUCUUGAUUUUUCAACCCUUAUCAAAGAUUUUGGCGAUAAGAAGGCUCGUAAGAUUAAUUUAAAAAAUUAA